AUGAAGAGAAAGAGUGAUAUGGUAAACGAACUUUCAGAUGACGAAGAGAGAAUUUGUUAGUUAGUUGCUGAGUAUGAAAGAUAGGAAUAAUAAUCUUAAAAAAAACCAUUAAAAGGUUAAUUUUAUUUGUAAAAAAUGAUGAAAAAAAAUGAUAACAGCGAAGGCUAAAGAAAAAUAAAUGAAAUGCCUCCAGUUUAAAAUCAAAUGAUAAUGAGAGGAGCUAGCAUGAAUCAUAAGCGUUUUUAAAUUAUUGAGUUUCAAGAUGCUCUAGUUUUGAAGAUUUUGAUCAAUCAGAAUUCCGAAAUGCUUAGAAAAUUUUGUUCAUAAAAAAAUAUGAAUUUCAGAAUCCGCCGAGACAAGAAACCAGCCUAUAUUGAAGUUUUUGGGAACAAUUAAUAAGAUAUGGAUGAAAGAGACUUAGAAGAGUUCACAAAUUUAGUAAUGAGCUGCAAAGUUAGUAUACGAAGUGAAAUAAAGGAAAUAGAAUUAAAGUGUAACUCUGAUGAGUAUGCUUAUAUAAACAAAAAAUUAGAUGAUUACAUAGAAUAGCUUAAUUAUACUGAAGUUAAAUUUUUAGAUCCUGAAGGCAAUUAGGAUGAAAUAAAUCCUGAAAUAGUAUAUAAUCCUGACUUAAUAAGAUCUUAUUUAAUCAAUUAAAAAUUUAUAUUGAAGCUGUCCAAGAUUGAGAAGCCUUAAUUAUUAGGCUUUCAUAAUAUAGAUUUAUUCUUAGUCAAUAUUGAAUCUGAUGGAAUUUACACUGAUCCUUUUGGAUACGAAUUGAUUAACAAAAAUAAAUCAAUCAAAGAUUUAAUCAAAAAAAACAAGGAUAAACUCUCUUAGGAAGAUAUUAUCUAUGAUCAAAUUUUUAAAUAUGACAACAAGGAAGUCAACUUAAUCAUUUAGACAUCAAAAUCUCAAGAAAAAUGCAUUGAAAAUUUAAAGAAUCUUUUUUAAAAAAUUGAUAAACAAGAACUGUAUAACAAAGGCUUUUUAAAUAUUUGCAUCAGUUUGAACUUAAAUUGUGGAAAGAAGUACAUGCAAGAAAUUCUUAAAUAUCUCAAUAAAGUUUCUGAUGAAGACACCUAUCUUUCAUUUCCAAGUGAGAUUAAUUUGUUUAUGUCUGAGGAAAGAGAAUCAACGAUAUCUUCUUACUUAAGUGAUGUCAUCAAAAACAAGAAUAUUAACCCUGAUAAAGUAAAAAAAGGAGGUUAAUGGUCUUAUGCAAUUUGUUAUUAUGGAUAAAAUAGAAAUUAAAAUUACUUUUUUAACUUUAAUGCUAAUUUAUACCAAAAUACACCUACUACUAAUUUUAAAGAAAAUCCUUCUAUCGCCAUUGAAAGAGCUUUUCUCAGAGAUGAGAAAAAAGUUUAUAUUGCUACUGAACAACUAGCUUAAAAUCCUAAUUAAAACCUAUUUGGUGGUUAUUACAAGAAAGGAAAAAAAAUCAACAAAAAUAACGAAGUUGAAGAAGAUAUGGUUGAAGAUGUUGAAGUAAAUUUUGAAAAUAUGACAGAAACUUUUCUUUCUAGUAAACUUGAGAGACCCAUAUCACAGGAUCCUAAAAGAAAGCAAAAGUGGUAAUACAUAGACACUAUCACUUAGGAAUUUGCAGAUUUCGAAGAUGAAUUAUGCAAGGUUUUCAAGUCAUGUUAAGAAAAUGGUCAAAAAACAUUCAUUUACCAGAGGAAUAUUAUGGAUUUUAAUCUUUCCUCUCAUAUAAUGAAAUGUGACAUUAGUAAGAGCAUGAUGACUGAUUUGAAAACAGGUGAUGUUUUUUUCAUAAAGAGAGAAGAGAACUCCAAGUUUAAUUAUCUAGUUGAAGAAGCAGAUCCUUCUGCACAAUCAGAGCGUAUUGACGUACAAGAAUAAAAAAAAUAAGUGAACAAAAAAGAUAGAGCUAAAGAAAAAUAAGAAUAAUAAGAAUUAGAAGAAAAGAAAAAGCUUGGUCCCUAACUGAAAAUAAGGGGACUAAAAGAUGGUAUAGAAAUCGUCAAAAACAUUUGUGAAAAAAUGAAAAAAGAUAAAAGAUCAGUUCAUAUCAUUAAAUUAGAAAGGAAAAUACCUAAAAAUAACAUAAAAUUUUUAGAGGAAAUAUCUUUGUAAAAUAAUAUUGAGAUGGAGUAUGACGAGAAGAGGGAAGAGUUAAUUUUGAAAGGCUACAAAAAGACUAUAAACAGACUUAGAAACUAAUUUAUAAAAGGUUUAAGCAUUAAGUUUGAUGAUUUUACAGUACCUGAUGACUGGGAAUCUCAAGAUUAAGAUGUGGAAGUUUUUGAUGUGAAACUUGAUAGUGAUUAUGCAAAAAAUAUAAUGAAAAUAGUCAAAAAAUCUAUACCAAAUGCCAAGUUUCAUAAGUUAGAAAGAAUCUAAAACUUAAAGUUAUGGAAGAAUUUCUGUUUUGAGAGAAAAAAGCUUGAAGAAAAAGGUGAUGCUACAGAAAAGUGGCUAUUCCAUGGAACCAGAAAUACUGAUCCUUCAGUUAUAUACAAAGGCAGUGAAGAAGGUUUCGAUUUUAGAGUGUGCUCAGGAGGUAUGUAUGGCAGAGGUACAUACUUCCAUGAUAUGGCAAGUUAUUCUUAUGGUUUUGGUCAUAACAAAGGAGGAAAAAUAUAACUCUUCUGUGCAAAGGUUUUGAUCGGAAAAUGCUACGCAACAGGACCUAAUGGAAAUUUGACCGCUCCUCCAUUUAUUGCUGGAUCGAAAAGUAUUCGUUAUGAUUCCAUCCGCUCAAAUAAUGCAAUAGGAUAAAAUGAAUAUGUUAUCUUCAACAAUAGCAAAGCAUACCCUUAUUAUUUAAUAACAAUGACUAACUAAGGAGGUGUAGGAAACAAUCUAAUGUUUAACAAUAUCAAUAACGCCAAUUACUAUAGUGAAGAAGACGAAGAAGAAGACCCUGAUUUCUAUGAUGAAGAAGAAGAGGAUUAUUGA